AUGCUUGACUUGCAAGUGCGUUUUUUCUGCUUUCUGCCAGAGAUGAUGCUGGCAGCGGAGCUGCGGUGUCACUGCAUCCAGACCGUCACAGGAUUAAUGUUGCCAAAGCGCCUGGCCAACGUAGAAAUCAUUCCUAAGGGCCCACACUGCAACGCUGUGGAAAUCAUAGCAACGCUGAAGAACAGCCAGCAAAUCUGUUUAGAUCCCCAGGCCAAAUGGGUGAAGAUGAUAAUUAACAGGAUUCUACACAGGUAA